GUCCAAGGCUUGUCAGAAGUCAUCGAUCUCAACAGCGCCAGCUUCUAAAAUGCUGGCAAAGGUAGUCAGCCGUUGAAUUUGAAGAGAGGAUUUUAUGCUACUUGUGCCGCAUAGGAAAUCAUCGACGGGCGGUAGAGGACUCAGAAGGUGACGUAUGUGCCUCGUUCCAGGUCCUGAUAAAGAGCCCGCCGAAAGCACUCCAGAGCUCCAACUUUCAGAACCGCCAAAGAAGCAAACAUAUAUUCUUCUAGUUCCGUGGUAGGACAUGGCAGAGAGCAUGGGGAAAGACGGUGGUGAUGGUGAGCUCAAGCUGCUGGGGCUGUGGGCGAGCCCGUUCGUCGCGAGAGCGAAGCUCGCGCUCCAGAUCAAGGGCCUAAGCUACGAGUACGUCGAGGAGGAUCUCGGCAACAAGAGCGAGCUGCUGCUCAGCUCCAACCCGGUGCACAAGACGGUGCCGGUGCUGAUCCACAACGGGACGCCCGUCUGCGAGUCGACGGUCAUCGUCCAGUACAUCGACGACGCUUUCGCCGGCACUGGCCCGUCCCUCCUCCCCGCCGACCCCUACCAGCGCGCCCUUGCUCGCUUCUGGGCCGCCUACCUCGAAGACAAGAUUGUGACGCCGUGGCGGCGGGUGUUCAUGGUCAAGACCGACGAGGAGAAGGCCGAGGCGAUGAGGCAGACGGUCGCAGCCAUGGACGCGCUGGAGGGAGGCCUGAAGGAAUGCUCUUCUGGGGGUGGGGGACAGAGCCCCUUCUUCGGCGGCGACAGCGUCGGCUACGUGGACGUCCUUCUGGGUGGCAUGGUUUCAUGGGUCAAGGCAUCCGAGCCGCUCUCCGGCGCCAAGAUCAUCGACGCAGCCAGGACGCCGCUCCUGGCCGCGUGGAUGGAGCGCUUCUGCGAGCUGGACGCGGCCAAGGCGGUCCUGCAGGACGUCCAUGCGGUGGUCGAGUACGCCAGGACGGUGCAGGCACGGGUUGCCGCCGCAACCGCAAGCAAUCAGUAGUGGAAACACCGUGAAACCCAAACCCAGUAGGCAACGUACUGAUCCCAUCUUCUCAGUUGGCUCCCGUUCGGCUCAGUGCGUCACCUCUGUCCUGCCCUUUGCACCUGCCCUAUCCGCGUGUUCGUAAGCCGUCGUCCCCAGGAAACGUCGUGCCAUAGACGAUCUCCCGGACUGUUGAGACUACCAACGUGUGUUUUUGAACAGGAACAUGUACCUGCAAUUACCGACACGUGCCAUCCUCGUUGAGUCAAUGGCAACGAUGCAAGGGUCUGCAUCAUUUUGGAAUUACCUGAAUCUAUGAAGUGGGAAUGAUAAGGUGGGCCACAUUUGAUC